CUUUAAAAAAAAAAAAUCUCAAGGCGGUGGCAGUAGGAGACAAUGAGUAGAACAUAACUACAUUUUCCAAGAAUCUGGUGUUAGUUAUUGGUUACAAUAAUGUUAUUGCCAACAACAAAUAUGUCAUCCUUAACCAUAGCCUCAUCUCACCAAAGCUUCCCUACCAACACCCUCAGUAAUCCACCUAACCACUACAAACCCAGCACAAAGAUUCUCUACUCUGCUAAAACUAUCUCAUGCAGACAUCCAUCUCAUGAUGACGAACAAGAUUCUGAUUCUCCAAGGAAGAAUGAGAACCCGUUGGCAAAGCUGGCAAUAGUUACACUGGCAGCUGGGGUGUUAACACUGGGCUCAGUUCAUGAUGCAUCAGCUGCAAAAACUGGUGGCAGAGUUGGGGGGCAGGCUUUUCGGUCAGCGGCUCCUCGCCCACCCCCUAGAAUCAACAAUAAUUCGAGGACCAACAUUUACAUUAAUCCUCCAGUUGCCCCACCUUUAGUCGGUGGGUACGGGUAUGGUUAUGGCGUACCAUUCUUUGGUGGCUGGGGUUGGUCACCAUUUUCGUUCUUUGCACCUGGUCCAAGUGUCGCCGUUGGCAUUGGAGGUGGAUUUGAUGUUUUAGCACUGUUUCUGUUUCUUGGUGCUGUAGCUGCUGUUGUGAGAAGAUUCGUUCGAUCAAGAUUUGAAGAUGAUGAUGAUUACUAGUGGCAGAUAGAACUUUUUUUGAUGCUUUAAUUAUAUAAGUUUUACUUAAGUGGCUACAAGACACGUUCAUCUAGCCACCAACCUGUAUUUGUAACAAUUAUUAUGUAAUAUAAUUGUGCUAGAGAAGAGAAACACUUGUAAUUCUCUGUUUACAAGAACUUAUAACAGUAUAAAUGCAGUAAUUUAUUUUGUUGACUA